CCGCCUAUUCCAACGCUCUAGGCUAUCCUCGGACGCUGACCAGAAAUGAUGUGCUUGUGCUGAGACCUGCGGAGCUGCAGAAUUCACCCCGCCUUAUUGGAUAUGCCCGUUACACCUACUUCAACCAUUCGGCUGACCACGUCUCACUUUCAAUCCUAACACACCAUGUGCGCCGAUGACAACAAGGCCGUCGAGGCCGUCAACAACGAUUAUCUGGUGCAGUCAGACGAUCCUGAGCACCCGGCGAACCUUAUUCCGGAGCUUUGCCGCCGUUUCUACAACUGGGGAUGGGUUACUGGCACCGGCGGUGGCACGUCCAUUCGCCAUGGCGACCACAUCUUUAUCGCUCCCUCAGGUGUUCAGAAGGAGCUGAUGAAGUCCGAGAACAUUUUUGUGGUUCAAUGGCCUACCAAGAAGUACCCCGCUGAAGAACGCAACUAUAUCCGCAAGCCCCUCAAUUUGAACCCCUCUGCCUGCACUCCACUGUUCCUGACAGCCUUUGAGCACGGCGCAGGGUGCUGUAUCCAUACUCACUCUCAAUGGGCCGUCCUGGUGACCUUGUUGGUGGAGCGCGAGAAGGGCCCUGAUGCCUGUUUCGAGAUUAACAACAUCGAGCAAAUCAAGGGCAUUCCCCGUGGCAAGGGCAAGGGCAUGCUCGGAUUUUUUGAUACCCUGAGCAUCCCCAUCAUUGAGAACACUGCUUUCGAGGAGGAUCUGACCAGUGGCCUCGAAGCUGCGAUGAAUAAGUACCCCGACACCUAUGCCGUGCUCGUGCGCAGACAUGGAAUCUAUGUUUGGGGUGACAACGUCGCCAAGGCAAAGACCCAGUGCGAGUCUCUUGACUACCUGUUCCAACUGGCUGUCGAGAUGCACAAACUGGGACUGCCCUGGGUCAAAUAGAUACAAAAUUACCUAACAACACACGGUAUACCGGUGCAGGACAGAUAAUGCGGGUAGUAGUUAUAGAUUGGCCAGUCCUGGGGAGUCCCAAUCGAGAUGAUGAGACGUAUUCAUGGAAACAUUGUCGCAAACUGUGC